AUGACAAAUCUUUCACUUCCUCCUCCCUUUCUCAUCAACGGACUCUCCUACAUCCCACCCCCAUCAGCAAAAGCAUUCGAAGAAGAAUUCGCCGGUAUCCUCCCCCCAGGAAAAGACAUCCCAUCAUCUCGAGGAACAAUCCAUUACUAUGAUUUCAAUCCCUCCGCCUCAUCAAACACCAAAAAAGUUCUCCUAAUCCAUGGCAUUGCAACAAGCGCUAUUGGUAUCGCACCUCUUGCCCGUCAACUUACAGCCUCGGGAUCUCAUGUUGUGAUUUAUGAUCUCUGGGGGCAUGGAAAUUCUUCGACUCCGUUGGAGGCACACACGCCGGCGUUGAUGCAUCUGCAGAUUUUUGAAGUUCUCUCGCAUUUGGGAUGGAACAAGGCGCAUUUGGUGGGGUUUAGUUUGGGCGGGAGUAUUGUGGCUACUUUCGCGGCGGUGUAUGCGCAGGUGGUGGAGAGCGCGGUGAUUGUAGCUGGAGCGGGACUUUGGAAGAAAGAAAAUAGUGGAUGGUGGAAUAAGGUGCAGAAGGAUGGGGACUGGAUGGUAGAUGAUGAGAGUGAUCAUACUAUCAUUGAGGAAUUAGUGGGCUUCGCUCCUUCGAAUAAAACUUGGAAAGAAAGCAAUUCAACAAGGGGAAUUUGUAUCCCAGCCGAUCGAUCAAUGGCAGAGGGAAAAUCAUAA